UGGAUGUGUUGAAGACCAGAGAGGGAGGAGAGCCCCAAGACCCUGACUGAGAUGUACAUCCACUUCCUGGUAGUUCAGUUCAAACUGAAGAACAUCAAGUAUGAUGGAGGAGCUGAGACAGAUCCACACUGGAGUCCAGAGAGCAGGAAGAUGAUUGAGUCUCUGGGAAAACUGGCUUUUGAGCAGCUGCAGAAAGGCAACCUGAUCUUCUAUGAAUCCGACCUGACAGAGUGUGACAUCGAAAUCAGAGCAGCCUCAGUGUACUCAGGAGUGUUCACACAGAUCUUUAAAGAGGAGAGAGGACUGUACCAGGACAAAGUCUUCUGCUUCAUCCAUCUGAGUGUUCAGGAGUUUCUGGCUGCUCUUCAUGUCCAUCUGACAUUCAUCAACUCUGGAGUCAAUCUGCUGGCAGAAAAACAAACAACACCCAGGUUGUCUAAAGUCUUCAAAGACAAACCUAAACUAAAAUAUCUCCACCAGAGUGCAGUGGAAAAGGCCUUAGAGAGUCAACAAGGACACCUGGAUUUGUUUCUCCGCUUCCUCCUGGGUCUUUCACUGCCGACCAAUCAGAAUCUCCUACAAGGUCUGCUGACACCAACAGAAAGGAUCUCAGAGACCAAUCAGGAAACAGUCCAGUACAUCAAGAAAAAGAUUGAAGAGACGCCCUCUGCAGAGAGAAGCAUCAAUCUGUUCCACUGUCUGAAUGAACUGAAUGAUCGUUCUCUAGUGGAGGAGAUCCAACAGUACCUGAGUUCAGGAAGUCUCUCCACUGAUAAACUGUCUCCUGCUCAGUGGUCAGCUCUGGGCUUCAUCUUACUGUCAUCAGAAAAAGAUCUGGACGUGUUUGACCUGAAGAAAUACUCUGCUUCAGAGGAGGCUCUUCUGAGGCUGCUGCCAGUGGUCAAAGCCUCCAACAAAGCUCUACUGAGUGGCUGUAACCUCUCAGAGAGAAGCUGUGAAGCUCUUUCUUCAGUUCUCAGCUCCCAGUCCUCUAGUCUGAGAGAGCUGGACCUGAGUAACAACAACCUGCAGGAUUCAGGACUGAAGCUGCUUUCUGCUGGACUGAGUCCACACUGUAAACUGGAAACUCUCAGACUGUCAGGCUGUCUGAUCACAGAGGAAGGUUAUGCAUCUCUGGUCUCAGCUCUGAACUCCAACCCCUCCCAUCUAAGAGAGCUGGACCUGAGUUUCAAUCAUCCAGGAGACUCAGCAACAAAGCUGUCUGCUGGACUGGAGGAUCCACACUGGAGACUGGACACUCUCAGGGUGGAGCCUGCUGGAGUCCGAUGGUUGAGACCAGGUCUGAGGAAGUAUUCCUGUGAACUCCCAGUCGACACAAACACAGUACACAGAAAGAUCAAACUGUCUGACAACAACAGGAAGAUGACAUAUGUGAGAGAUGAUCAGUCAUAUCCUGAUCAUCCAGACAGAUUUCACUGCUGGUAUCAGCUGCUGUGUAGAAAUGGUCUGACUGGUCGCUGUUACUGGGAGGUCGAGUGGAGAGGAACAGUUGAUAUAUCAGUGAGUUACAGAGGAAUCAGCAGGAGAGGAGACAGUGAAGACUGUGUGUUUGGAAGGAAUGAUCAGUCCUGGAGUCUGCAGUGUUCUUAUGGUGGUUACUCUGUCUGUCACAAUAAGAGAAAAACACCCGUCUCCUCCUCCUCCCCCUCCUCCUCCUCCUCCUAUGUCUAUAACAGAGUAGCAGUGUAUGUGGACUGUCCUGCUGGCACUCUGUCCUUCUACACAGUCUCCUCUGACACACUGAUCCACCUCCACACCUUCAACACCACAUUCACUGAACCUCUUUAUCCUGGAUUCAGUUGCUGGUCGUAUUACUCCUCAGUGUCUCUGUGUCCUCUGUAGGAGGGAGAGACAAACUUCUCACUGCUGACCAGAUGGUUCAGUCUGUACAGGAUCACACACAGCUGAUGUUAGUUAGUACCAACCUGAUGUGUUUACUGUAAUAGAGGAGGAAGAGGAGGCUGAAGGAAGAGAAGAGCAAAGGAUGCUGGGAUGAAGGGAUCAUGUGUGAGGGUAAUGUGCAGCCUGCAGACGUAGAGAUGAAAGAAAUGAUAGAAAGAAUUGAUCUUCUUCUAUAACUCUGAGAAAAAUGAGCAUUUUUAGGAUAAAAUGUGGCUGCUUGUUUUUCACAUCUUCUUCUUUUUGAAAGCACAGUUAGAGGGAAAGUGUUUUUAUGACUCAAAUAUCAAAGUGUGAACAAAUAUUUUUUCUGUUAAGAAAAUGUGUUUAAAUGUCAAACAAGAGUCUUUCAGGAUCAAAUUCAGCAUCUGUGUAAAAAUAGUUCCAAGGUGUAAAGAGUGGCUUUGAUUUGAACAAACUAAAUUCAUCAUCUUUGGUCAUCGUGGAACAAAUGUACAAACUUUGAUAAGUCAGGUUGAAAUCAAAAGAAAUCAAAGUUUUGGGAUGAUUCUAGAUAAUAAAUGAUGCUGGAAACCACAUUUUAAUGAUGUCAAAGCAAAACUGUCCAAAUGGAUCCAUCACUGUAUAAAAUGAAGGAUUAGUUAAAUCCA